AUGUUCGCAGUUUUGGCAAGCGGUGCCCCUCACAGCGGUGGAGUGUUGGUCAGCAAGACGGUGUCAGCGCACGCGCCAGUCAGUAAGGCGCCCGUGAGCCACGUGCCACGUGGGCUCGCCGCCGGCGCCUCGCUGGCGCUGCGCCCCGCUCAGCCAGCACAAGGUUGGUCUGGCGGUCGCGCCCGCGGCGCCCUCGUGUACAACGCUCGCAGCGCCGCCGCCCCGGCGCCGCCUCGUGGCGCCGCGCCGCCGCCGCAGGUCACGUCGCCGCAGCACUCCGCUAUCGUCACGCUACCCAACACUACGGUGCUAGCCUCGAGCCUCUCAAGCGGCGUGAUUGCGGGUGCAGUGCGCGCGCCAGCUGCCCGCCCCUUGCCGCUGCUUACGAGGAACUAUCAGCCCGCAAAGGUGGUUGGCGUUGGUGUGGGCAACAGCGCACCUCCGCAGUUAUACUAUGAAGUGCCUCGCGCGCCGCAACCCCAGCCUCGCCUGCAACCGCUCGCGGCGCCGCAGUCGCAACCCCAGCCCACGCCACAGUCACACUCGCAACCACAACCGCAGCCGCAGCCGCUAGUGACGUCAGUGAGCGUAGUGAACGCAGUGCAGGCGCUGACAGAGAUCCGAGGCGCGGCCAUGCCCGUCGUGGCGCCCGCGCAGCCGCCCGGCGCGCCCCGCCCCUCCAUACUGAGGAAACGAGACGCUGAGGGGUCACCCACAAAGCAAGCCGCCCUGUACGGGCGCACGGGGUGGGAGGACGUGCCCGCGGGCGGCGGCUCCGGCUCCGGCGGCUCCACCACCAUGUCCGCCUCCUCCUCGCCCGCGCCCGACACGCCCCCGGACACGCAGCCCGACCUCUCGCCCAGGAAGAAGCCGCGCAAGCAGAUGCUAACCAAUGAUGUCCGACAAUGCGAAUUCCCCGCUGAGGACGCACCCCCCACUCCACCCCCCAUCGAGGUGAAGCCACCACCAAAAAGGCCUCUGCUAAGCUCGAGCUACGUAUGCGGCUGGCGCGCCACCGCACUACACUUCGCUCGGCCAGCGGACGUGCGGCGCCGCGAGCCGCGAGCACGAGACAUCCUCGCCAUCGCCUCGCAGCGGCACGUGCUCGGCACCGCCGAGGGCUGGAAGGUGCACCACCUCACCGCGCAGAUGGACGACCUGGUGUCGCUGGAAGCGGACGUGGGGUCGCAGCUGGCGGGCGUGCUGCGCGCGCUGGAGGCGCUCCCGAGCCGCGCCACCGCCGCGCUGCAACCGCAUUCGCACACGCUGCUCGAGCUGCUCAAGGGCAACAUUCAAAGGAGCAAGAUAGUCUGCGAAGGGAUCCAGGAAGCCCGCGAAGACAUCCUCCGAGUAUUUACACACCGGAACUUCGUAUCCGACAUUCUGACACGGCAGGCCGACAAACGAAGUUUCCGGAAACACAGAUCACAGUCAUAAUUAACUGGCAACACCACGAAAACACACCGCGUAUUGAACUCUAAAGACAUUGACUGAAAGUCUAAUCAGUAAUAGGCACAUCACACACAAGCUGUUUUUUUUUUAGAUAUUCGGACCUCGAAUCUUAGUCACUUUCUACAUUCAGAUAUUGUCUACGGUACCUAGAUAUCUUUUAUACGGAAUCUCUGAUCAAAUAAUCUGGAUGUAUAAAGUUACCAUAUAUAGAGAUUCAGGAUCUUAAAUUUAGUUCGUGUCACGUGUGUGAUGUGCCUUACGUGGUUAUCUUCGUGGUACUAUGGUUAACUUUAAUACUGAUGUUAUUACUUCUGCAAUUUUCUUAGCAUAAUAGCAUCCGUCUUACCCGUGCAAUAAGAAUUUUUUUUAUAAGUGAUGUGAUUCACACUAUUCACAGGGUUUCCAAAACUACAUACUUAUUUAUCUACUCAGAAUUUUACCUACUAGAAAUAAGGUCAGCUGCGAACGACUUCUUUUCACUCUGGCCAUACUAUAAGUCCUAAAGGCGACUUCGAGUGUAUGUGAGAUCUGACAAUGUAUAGAAGCAGCUAAUAAAGUUGACGACGGUUGUUUUGAUUAUACAAUAAAUGUUGUGGGCCCUCCAUAGAAUGUGAGAGUCCUAAAUCCAUUACAUAUUGCAGAAAGUAUUAGCAUAAGUUCCUGUUGUAAAUAGUGUAAAGAAUCUGUAUGUACAUUUAAGUAAUUCUAUAUGAGUAUUAAUUUUAUGAGAAGAGAAUGCCUUGAAAAAUUAGUUUUACUUGUGAUUUUGACUAAAUAGAUGUAUAAUAAAGAGGAUUUCAUAUAA